GACCAUAUUCGUUUACGAUUUGAUUUGACGUUAAGAAAGCGUUUAUUUCAAUUUACACAAAAUUUUCUUCGUUCUGCAAUGGCAGUUGCAAGCGGAAAACUGAAGAAUUGACGCACCAGAAAUCUCACUCUCCUUCCCCGCGCGGACCAAGGGACUGCGGAACCGAGCUUCAGAUCUGAGAGAGAACAGAUCUCAAACCGCCGGCGACGGUUUCUGUUUCGUUUCCGGGAAGAAACAAUCAUGGAAGACUUUUUAGACAAUAUACCGCCCAUGGAUCUGAUGCGUUCUGAGAAGAUGACUUUUGUUCAGCUUAUCAUCCCUGUUGAGUCCGCUCAUCGAGCCAUUUCUUACCUUGGCGAGCUUGGCAUCCUUCAAUUUAAAGAUUUAAACGAGGCCAAAAGUCCUUUCCAGAGAACCUUUGUUAACCAGGUAAAGCGAUGUGCAGAGAUGUCAAGGAAGCUGAGAUUUUUCAAAGAUCAAAUCAGUAAAGCUGGUGUACUGGCAUCUACUCGGCCAAUUCUUCAAGAACACAUUGAGCUAGAGGAUUUAGAGAUACGACUAGCCGAUCAUGAGCAUGAACUGAUUGAAAUGAAUUCCAACAGUGAGAAACUUCGACAGUCAUAUAAUGAACUCUUAGAAUUCAAGGUGGUAUUGCAAAAGGCAAGUGUAUUUCUGGUGUCCAGUAGUAGCCAUUCAGUCUCAGAAGAAAGGGAGUUGAAUGAAAAUGUUUUCAUGAAUGAUAACUAUGUUGACGAUGGAUUACCACUUGAGGAAAUGAGACCUGGACCGUCCAGUCAAUCUGGUUUGAGAUUUAUUUGUGGUAUUAUUUGUAAAUCCAAAGUUCUUAGAUUUGAAAGGAUGCUGUUUCGUGCAACAAGGGGCAAUAUGCUUUUCAAUCAGGCACCAGCAGAUAUACAGAUCAUGGAUCCCAUAUCUACGGAAAUGGUUGAGAAAACAGUAUUUGUAGUGUUUUUCUCUGGGGAGCAAGCCAGAAAUAAAGUUCUGAAGAUCUGUGAGGCUUUUGGAGCAAAUUGCUAUCCUGUUCCUGAAGAUAUAACCAAACAAAGGAAGAUAACUAGAGAAGUUUCAUCUCGCCUCAUUGAACUUGAAGCCACUUUAGAUGCUGGGAUCCGUCACCGAAAUGAGGCUCUUGCAUCGAUGGGGUUUCACUUGAUUAAAUGGAUGAAUAUGGUAAGAAGGGAAAAGGCUGUAUAUGAUACACUGAACAUGUUGAAUUUUGAUGUCACUAAAAAAUGUCUUGUUGGAGAAGGCUGGUGCCCAAUCUUUGCAAAAUCUCAGAUUCAAGAGGCACUUCAACGAGCAACAUUUGAUAGCAGUUCACAAGUGGGCAUAAUAUUUCAUGUGAUGGAUACGGUUGAAUCCCCUCCUACAUAUUUUAGAACAAACCGUUUGACAAAUGCUUUUCAGGAAAUUGUUGAUGCCUAUGGUGUUGCUAGAUAUCAAGAAGCAAAUCCUGCAGUUUACACUGUUAUUACAUUUCCGUUCCUAUUCGCAGUGAUGUUUGGGGAUUGGGGUCAUGGAAUAUGCUUGUUGCUUGGAGCUUUAUUUCUUAUAGCUCGUGAGAGUAAGCUCAAUAAUCAGAAAUUGGGAAGCUUUAUGGAGAUGCUAUUUGGUGGACGCUAUGUUCUUCUUUUGAUGUCCCUCUUUUCAAUUUAUUGUGGGUUGAUCUACAAUGAGUUCUUCUCUGUUCCGUAUCAUAUAUUUGGUGCAUCUGCUUACAAGUGUCGAGAUAAUUCAUGCAGUGAUGCAUACACUGUUGGGUUAGUUAAAUACCGUGAUGCCUACCCGUUUGGUGUUGACCCGAGUUGGCGUGGAAGUCGUUCAGAACUUCCUUUUCUGAACUCUCUUAAAAUGAAGUUGUCUAUCUUGUUGGGUAUUGCCCAAAUGAACUUAGGGAUCAUAUUGAGUUAUUUUAACGCACGUUUUAUUGGAAGCUCGAUUGAUAUCAGGUCUCUACUUUCUCCUUCAGUUCAUCACGUUUGUCCUUCCUUCAAAAUGAAUUUCUGUCGCACUUUAAAAAGAAAUUAUCUUAAAAAGAAAUUAUCUGUAUGCUAUAUUAUCAGGUACCAGUUUGUACCACAAGUGAUCUUUCUUAACAGCCUUUUUGGAUAUCUUUCUCUUCUCAUUGUCAUCAAGUGGUGCACUGGAUCUCAAGCUGACCUCUACCAUGUGAUGAUUUACAUGUUUUUGAGCCCAUUUGAUGAUCUUGGAGAGAACGAAUUGUUUUGGGGCCAAAGACCACUUCAAGUUAUCUUGUUGAUAUUGGCUAUAGUUGCAGUGCCUUGGAUGCUUUUUCCUAAGCCCUUUGUCUUGAAAAAGAUUCAUACAGAGAGAUUUCAAGGUCGUACUUAUGGGGUGCUUGGAUCCUCUGAGGUAGAUCUUGAGAUGGAACCUAAUUCGGCAAAGGAACACCAAGAGGAUUUCAAUUUUAGCGAGAUCUUUGUUCACCAAAUGAUUCACUCCAUAGAAUUUGUCUUGGGUGCAGUUUCAAAUACAGCAUCAUAUCUUCGACUUUGGGCUUUAAGCUUGGCGCACUCAGAACUGUCAACAGUUUUCUAUGAGAAAGUUCUUCUCCUAGCUUGGGGGUAUGACAGCUUUGUCAUCCGGAUGAUUGGUUUAGCUGUUUUUUCCUUUGCCACUGCUUUCAUACUUCUUAUGAUGGAGACCCUUAGUGCCUUCCUUCAUGCCUUGCGUCUUCAUUGGGUUGAGUUUCAAAAUAAAUUCUACCAUGGUGAUGGCCACAAGUUCAAACCAUUUUCCUUUGCCUCCAACGAGGAUGAAGAUUAAGCGACCCACUGCAGUUCUUCGUAAGAGCAAGAGCUAAGAGAUCGAGCGAUGGACCUAAAAAACUAACAUUAUAGAAAGAAAAAGAAAAAGAAAAAAAAAGACCAUUUUGUUUGGCAGAGUAUUAGUAAUACUUUGAUCAUCUGACUGUUGCGAUCCCCAAUUUUGACUUAGAAACAUGAAAUCCUGCCUCAUUCCUUGGAUCUGCUCACCUGAAAAGCGUUCAGCUUGCAACCAUGGCAAUCUUUCUUCAAGAUAUAUAUAGAUUUUUUCCUUUUUUUUUUUUUUUCUUUCCUUUCAUAUUUUUAUAUCAAAAGUUAAGUCUUAGUUCAGUUGAUGUAAAGAAGAGGAGGUGGGUAUCUUCUAUCAUACAUCUUGUAAUUUGGGUUCUUGUGUAGGAAUUUACAUGAACAUGAACAUGAACGCACAAAAGCUUGUGUGAAUUUUUUCAGGUACUUGUGCCUUUAUUUUUCUUUCUAUUUCCAUAAUGUAAUUGUUUAUUGCUCUC